GGUUUCGAUCAUACGGUAGUCACUCGGCUGUCCAUCGCGCGUAAAGGACCCGCCAAGAUCCGCGAUUACGGAUGUAGAGAGCUGAGCUCGUUACACCGAUUCCGCGGUACCAGUGCUGUGUGAUCUUGGAACGGUGCGUCGUCGCUUCCUACGGACUCAGAUGCCGCGGCGGUUGAGGACCGCGGGAUGAUAGAAAACGCGUUCGCGAUCUUCCUCGUGCCCAGAGGAAGACUCUUCGAGGAUUCUUAAAGCGACGUGUUACCGUAAAAUCAACCGCGAUGUCGUUGUCGCAACGUAUCUCCGGGGCUGUCGCAGUCCUCAGGGGUACCUCGGAGGUCAAGGAAAGCCACACGUCGUGCGUCGACGAGAUCGAGAAGAUACCGACCGAGGAGGAGGGCAAAGCGCGUCACGAGGUGACGCCGCUCGACAGAUUGCAAAGUGUAGUGGAUUGGAUACAGGAGAACACGCUGCUCGUCUUCACGGUGAUCGGAGUCUUCCUGGGUCUGAUUCUGGGAUUCCUUGGACGGCUAGCUAAUCUAUCGCCGCCGUCUAUAGCUCUGGUCAGUUUCCCCGGAGAGCUUCUCAUGCGAGCGUUGAAGAUGUUCAUAUUGCCGUUGAUCGUUUCUUCGCUCGUCUCCGGAAUGGCGCAGCUGGACGCUAAAAGUUCCGGUCGGAUGGGCUUCAGGGCUUUGACCUAUUACACGGUGACCACGAUCCUCGCGGCGGUGAUCGGUAUCUUAAUGGUGCUGAUGAUCCAUCCCGGCGAUCCGAGCAUCAAGUCGACGAUAACCGCGCCGAGGCCGGACGACACGAAAGUCUCCACUCUGGACGCUAUUUUGGACAUAAUUAGAAACAUGGUGCCGGAUAACUUGAUGCAGGCGUGCUUCCAGCAAGCGCAGACCACUUACGUGAAGAAGAAAGUGGUGGUCAUAGGGAGCGGGAAUCAGAGCGAUUACGUCCUAGAGCCGACGUUAGUCUAUAAAGAUGGCACGAACGUGAUGGGCAUGAUAGUGUUCUGCAUCACGUUCGGCCUUGUCGCCGGGCAGAUCGGUCCGCGCGGGAAGCUGAUGGUCGACUUCUUCGUGGUGUUGAACGAAAUAAUCAUGAAGCUUGUCAGUAUCGUUGUGAUGUGGUACGCCCCGUUCGGCAUCAUGUGUCUGAUAGCCGGGAAAAUAAUGUCGAUCACUAAUUUGGCGGCGACUGCACAGAUGUUGGCACUUUACAUGAUCACGGUGAUCCUCGGCCUGCUGAUCCACGCUGUGAUCACUCUGCCGGCGAUAUUUUGGUUCUUAACGCGUAAAAAUCCGGCCGUGUUCUUCAAGGGUAUGUUGCAGGCUUGGAUCACGGCAUUGGGCACGGCGUCCAGCGCGGCCACUUUGCCGAUAACCUUCCGCUGCCUCGAAGAGAACAACAAAAUCGACCCGCGCGUCACCCGGUUCGUGGUCGCGGUCGGCGCCACGGUGAACAUGGACGGCACCGCGCUUUACGAGGCCGUGGCUGCGAUCUUUAUCGCUCAAAUGAAUGGAAUUUCGUUAGGAAUAGGGGAAGUUAUUACCGUAAGUCUUACAGCUACCCUGGCGAGUAUAGGGGCGGCGAGCAUACCCAGCGCUGCCUUGAUAACUAUGUUAAUUGUGCUCACUGCUCUCGGCCUACCCACCAGCGACAUUUCUUUGCUGUUCGCAGUCGAUUGGCUAUUGGAUCGCAUCAGGACCUCCAUAAACGUUCUGGGCGACGCCUACGGUGCUGGAAUAGUGUAUCACUUGAGCAAAGACGAGCUGGAGAAAAUGGAUCAAGAGCGUAAAUUGGAAGGCCUUGAAACGGGAACGCCUCUCGAGGACAUCUCGGGGAGCUGCCGGCACGUGAGCGCACAAACUCCCGACGACACUUCCGAAACCAAGAUCUGAUGAAUUCCGUACACUGAUCUUGUCUCGCGGAGAUUAUUUCCCAACUUCACAAGCGGCGGCGUAAUAAAGGAAAACGAUGCUCGUCCAUCCCCCGCGUUGUUCUAGAUGAAAUUGUUGCAACGGCGAGGAAAUUGGUAGAGAUAAAGAGUAUGUUUCACUGCCGAUCACAUCUUGAAACAUGAAGACCGUUGUAACUUAACUAAUAGCACCGUUAAAAAAACAAACAAAUCAUUGUUAACGAUUCAAUAAUAAUAUUGUAAUGGUCGGAUAUGCGGAACGCGAUAAAAAAUGUGAGCAUGCCAAGUACAAAGCGAUAUUGUUACCUAUUGUUGACAGCCUGUUCACUAUAAUAUAUAAACGAUACGUAUCGUUUUUUUUUGUUUUUUUUUUCAUUAAGAGUUAAUCGAAACUUCUAUUGUGUAGACAGUUGAACGCAGGUUCGUAUGUUUUUGAUUCGUUACACGACGAGCACGACAACGUUUUGCUCGUACGAUUAGUUCGAAGGAAAAGCAAGUGAAACAUUUUGUUACAAUAAUACUUCAAGCAUUUUAAAUGUGUUCACUCACUUGUUACACAUUACAUAAUGUUCAUGUGGACAAAAAAAUGGUUGGAUUUUAUAGUGUUUUGUUUACAAUGUUUGUGUACCGUAUCUUGUUAUUUAUUGUAUGCAUAGUACGUGAUCAGUAAAAUAAAUAGACGUAUUGAAACGAAUGUUCA